AUGUUCAAUGACAGCAGCCUCCCUGGGGUCUGGGAGGCCUCGGAUUGGGCAGACACCUCUCAGUGCCAACCCUCGGUGGGCGGGGCAACUUUUUUGAUCGUGGCGUACAGCGCUGUCAUAGCAAUCGGAUUGUUAGGUAACGCAGGCCUGGUGUUUAUAAUUGCUCGGCAACAGGAGUUGCGCAACGUUACCAAUAUCCUAAUCGCCAACCUGUCAUGCUCCGACAUCCUGAUGUGUGUGGUGUGUCUGCCUGUUACCGUCAUAUACACAUUGAUGGACCGCUGGGUACUGGGAGAGGCCCUGUGUAAGGUGACUCCCUUUGUUCAGUGCAUGUCUGUGACAGUUUCUAUCUUCUCCUUGGUGCUGAUUGCUCUGGAGCGUCACCAGCUGAUACUCCAUCCCACCGGCUGGUCCCCCGCCGCUGGCCACUCCUACCUGGCUGUGGGGCUUACAUGGCUGGUUGCCUGCUUCAUCUCUCUGCCCUUCCUCUCCUUCAACAUUCUCACUAAUAACCCCUUCCAGAACAUCAGCCUGCCUGCCAAUCCCUUCAGGGACCAUCUGAUCUGUAUGGAGCUCUGGCCGUCAGAUAAGCAUCGUCUUGCCUACACAACCUCGCUGCUGCUCUUCCAAUACUGCCUGCCACUUCUGCUGGUGCUCCUCUGCUACCUCAGGAUCUUCCUACGCCUGAAACGACGCAGGGACAUGCUGGAGCGCAGUAGGAGGACACGGGGAGCCCAGAGGAUAAACGUUAUGCUCUUAGCCAUCGUCAUAGCCUUCGCUUUGUGCUGGCUGCCUCUGAAUGUCUUCAACACAGUGUUUGACUGGCACCACCAGGCCCUACCCGACUGCCAGCAUGAUGCUGUUUUCUCUGCUUGCCACCUAACAGCGAUGACCUCCACUUGCAUUAACCCUGUGGUGUACGGCUUCCUCAACAGCAACUUCCAGAGGGAGCUGAAGUCAACACUGCAGCGCUGCCAGUGUGGCAGCCAGGCAGCAGAAAGCUACGAGAGCUUCCCUCUCUCCACUGUGGGCAGUGAGGGCUUGACGAAAGCUACCUCCCUCAACAGGAUGGGAUCAGAGUCUUCCCCGAGACCUGAGAUCAGCUCAGCAAUUCCAGCCAAAACAAUACCAGCUAACACCUAAUAAUAAUGAGAACUGUCAAGCUCUGAGUAGCUUGGAAGAAAAUGGCUUGAGAGUAACUGAAACCUGAACAGUGGAUAACAAUCAUUUCCCAAGCAGCUUUCUGAGAUCUAUCAAAUACAACUUCACUUCAUAUUCAUAACUUUCCUGAGAGAGCUGCACAGCUUAUUUACUCAGGCUGACUGUUUGUAGACAGGGAAGGACAAAGUCAUUAGUUGACGGAGCUUUAUAUUCCAGACUAUGAGACAGAAAUGUUGUGAAUGGAUUCAAAGAAAUGGAGAAUGUUGAGAAAACAGCAGAGUUGUUACAAUUGACCACUUGCUAUGUCUGCUCACUGAGUUAAUGUUGCAGUGGCAGCUGGUAACAAAAUUUAAUGGGGGGAUGAAGUGUUGGGGGGGGGCAAACAAACUGAAACCAGACUCAAUAAAAACAACACAACACACAAUAUGCCAAUGUUGUAGCCGUCAUCCAGCUGCUGAGCAAUGCUAAGCCUGCUGCAAAAAUCUAGCCUCCUUGUGUCUAAGUGACUGUGGGAACUUUCAUGUUUCUCAUAGCAAGAGCUGGAGAAGCCCCGGGUGGAAGCUCGUCCUCGAUCACUUGACAGCUGCUGAAUCUGUUAAUCGAGUCGGUCCGGCCCGAGCUCCCUUUUUUUUCUUCGAGCGAACACCUUGUGAAAGGGUGUGUUUAUAAAGAAAUUAUUGAAUUUGCAGCAGUUCCACCUGAAGCCGUAUCUUUGCCAGUCAAGUUGCAGCGGAAGUAACUCGGUGGCGGUGGAUGUACCUGAGAUGGUGUCGAGUCGAUCACAUUUGAUUAAAAAAACUCAAAUCAAUACCUACUGGCUGUAAAUAAAAGCGGGAGAGUCUUUGAGUGUCACAACAAACCAGAUAGAAUUGUUGGUUCAUUUAUUUAUCUCUUUUUAAUUUUCAUCAAUGGAGGUGGGGUCAGCUCAAACUGUGGUCCAGCUGGUGCAGACUAGGCACAAGGAAACAAGAUGGUUAAUUGACUUUCAGUGCAUUUGCCUCUAAUGGUUUGUCUUAAAGAGGGAAAAUGGAACCCUCCGAGACAAGUUCAGGUGUAUAGCAGCAUUUUCCUCCUUUAGUAAAAAUCAGUUAUGUAAAAAAAAAAAAAAACAGGCAAGACCCAGUGUUUUUAAAACAAAGAGGUUUACUUUCCUAAUCCACC